AUGACAGCGCAACAGCAGCCACCGUCGCAGCCUCCCCCAGUAGUCCACGUGGCAUUCGCCCGGGCCGCCUAUCGCCCGGGCGAAACCGUCAUCGCGACGAUCGACAUCGACAAUUUCGCUCCCUCGCCAAAAGCGCUGCUCUCCGCCGCCGCCGCCUCCGCCGGCAUCGCAUUGCCGUCCUGGGCGAUCCCGCAGCGCGCGCCGAGGCGCGACGGCAUCAGCAGCAGCAGCAGCGCGAUGGGCGGCAGAGUGGGAUCCGCGCCGUCUCUGACGAAAAACGCGUCGUUUAGCGGCGCGAGUGCGGGGCGGGCGAGCGAGGGCGAGUUCGGCACUGUAGGGGGUGUGCUUAUAGAGAACCUGGUGGUGGAUCUUAAAGGCGUGGAGCGGCUCGACCCGUCGUGGAUCGUGCUGCCGAAAUCCAGCAGCGGCGCGCAGAGCAAAGGUGGGUGGGGAAGAGGAGGGGUGGGUGGGGGAGAGGAGAGGACCAGUGGGGACAGGCGAGAGGGUGAUACUGGAGUCGCAGCUCACAUCGCCACCAGUGUUCUCCACCACGCCAUCUCCCUCCCCUCCUCCUCCGUUUCCCAUGCCUUGCCCCAUGCCCUGCUUGCCCCACACCGGAACUUGGCAGGCGAGAGGGUGAUUCUGGAGUCGCAGCUCACAUCGCUCGUCACCAACGUCGCCAUCCAGCCCGGUGCCAGCAAGACCUACGCCAUAAGAGCGCAGCUGCCGCGAGUGCUGCCCCCAUCCUACCGCGGAACAGCAGAGGUGCGAGUGCCGCUGCGCAUCUGGACGCUGCCCAACCUGAGUGGGCUCACAGUGGAGGAGCUGGACUCAGAGGAUCACUACGGCGUGGGAGGCAUAGUGCCGACAACACCAGUGGAAGUUGAUAUUCAGUGGAGGGAGAGGAAGUCCCGUGCAGCACUCAUGGUAGGCCGGACGGCACUCAUGGUAGGUUUGGUGGCACAGACGGUAGGCUGUGCUGGUAGAGCCACGCAGCGUGAAGGGCUGGGUAUCGGACCGGUGGGGAAAGAGCCGCUGGCGUACGUGGGGUACGCCGAUGACACAUCCUUCUUGUUGAGCGGGGAGGCCCAGCUGCGGAGGACGGUGGAGGUGCUGGACACCUUCGGGAAGCAGUCGGGGCUGAAGGUGAACUGCGACAAGUCGGUGGUCGUGCCGCUGGGGAGCAACAGGGGAGAGCCGGUGCCGGCGGACAUCCCGUACAAGUGGUCGGUGCAGGGAGAACCGGAGAGGCUUCUGGGGGUGUGGAUAACACCCAACGGAGAUCCGGGUCCUUCCUGGGGGAUGGCGUACGAAAGGAUAAAGGAGGAACUAAGGAAGUGGGAAGCGCAAUAUCUCACGACAACAGCAAGAGUGGCGGUGAUUAGCUGCUACGUCCUGCCAGUCUUGAUGUUCCAGGCGCAAGUAUAUUCGCCGCCGGAUGAGAUUUGGGAAAAAAUCAGGAAGCUCUGUCACGCGUUCGUAUCGGCCGGGGAAGCGGCAGAGGAGAAAAUCUUCAUUAUAUGGAGUGCCUACCUGGCAUGUCUGCCGCGGAAAGACGGGGGGCUGGGCCAGCUGGACCCAAAACUAUGCCUGGACGGGUUGGCGAUUCGCAGGAUCGGGAAGUUUCUGAAAGAGCCGGAUGGCACACGCCGCUGGCUGGCGGAAAAGGCGGCGGCUCUCCCGCAAGGGUUGGCCACGCUGUACGCGCACCCGUCGGCGAUGAAACACUGGCCACGUGGCAGCGAACGCUGGAAGGCGGCCGUGAAGGUGUUCUGGUCGUCACCGUUGGCGACGCUGCCGGCGCCAAAGAAUAGAUGGGAAGUGGAGGAGGAAUUCAUAUGUUUUAACAGGAACAUCAUGCACCGGGGGGAAAGUCCUUUCGGUCACCAGAUAGGCACGGCGGCCCUCAUCACCACGCGGGUACGGGACCUGCUCACAGACGGCCCGGGGGGACGAAGAGGGGUGAAGGAGGAAGAUGAGCUUGUGAUAGAGCUUGGGAGCAAGGAAGCGGCGGUCAUGGCAAGGAAAGCAUACGGAGCUAUGCCGCCUGAGUGGAGGAAAUUGAUUGAAGAGCCGGCGACAGCGGAAGCUGUGGCGAAGGCGUCUGGAGUGGUGAGCACCGGGGCAGUGGGAGGGGCGGCAGGGCGCCGCACAGGCAGCCCUGUGGCAGCCACGGCCACCGUCACAGAAGUCGGCGGAGAAGGGGAGGUGGUAUCUGGGGCAGGCGCACCUGGCCUGGGGGAGGGCGCACUCACAGCAGGAACCACCUCCGACACUGCUGCUGCUGCUGGUGCUGGUGCAGUGGGUUCCGACAGCAUGCAGAGCCCGCACCUGACCCGCCUGUGGUCCGCGCCCCUGCCCACAGAGGAAGGGGGCAGUGCUGCUACUGGGCUGGGGGGGCACUCGGCGGGGACCAACGAGCCGCUUGGCCGGUCCAAGUCCAUGACUGCUGGCAAACAGUUCUCUGAGAACGGCGCAGGGGCAGGCAGCUCCGACUCCCUUUCUUCCUCUACUCUGGACGCAAGGGGGGGAGCGGGAGGGGUGGGGGGAGGGGCGUGGGCGCGGUCGUCGUCGCUGCUAGACUUGGAGCCGGACAGUCCCACGCUGUCUGAGCUGGGGGGGCAGGCGGGGGGAGGGUUGCUGUUUGGCGCGUAUGGGGGAGGGAAUGGGUAUGAGGGGGAGAGAGGGGGCGAUGGGGGCAGGGGAGGGGCGCUGUCGCUGCUCAACCGGCAGGAGGAGGACGAGGGGCCGUUCAUCCCGCGCUCGCCAGGGCCAGGGGUGCGAGGGCGAACAUACAACAUACGUAUAGACGACCAUGUACUCGUGCGCUUCACUCCCAGGAACCCGCAGCCCGUCUACUACCUGGGAGACGUGGUGUCUGGCACUCUCUCCUUCCCCAUAGAGGAUGGCCCACGCAGAUGUCUCGAGGUGUCAGUGCUACUGGAGAUGCACGAGGUGAUCAACCCGCGUGCCCUCCACACGUCCAGGAGAGUGGCUGCCGCUGCCUCCGCUGCUAAGACCCCUCUACACCUGCCAGUGUUGCAGAUGGAGCAUCACGAGGUGACAGUCGAUCUGCUCCACACGCACUUCAUCUUCACCAUCCCCUCCGACGCUGCGGCCUCCUUCGCCACGCCCAUCAUCUCCCUGCAGUGGAUCCUGCGGUUUGAGUUCUGUGCGUCUACCAAGCGAUCAGCACCACCUAGCAGCACCCCUGGCAGCGCGAGCAAGGGCAGGCAGCAGCAAGCACAGCAGCAGCAGAUGCACGAGAAGCCGCAUGCGCUAGCCAUGGGUGCGGAGACGGAGAGGGGCGAAUGGUCCAUGCCCAUCACCGUGCACGCGCCACUGCCUAAAGUAACGCCCAUCAGCAACCGGGACAAGGCAGUCAUGCCGCCUGUGCUCCAACAACAAUCUGCCAUGCUGAGUGCUGCUGCUGUUGGUGGGCGUGGACUGGCCGCACCUCCCACCCAGCCGUCGCUCUCCCUCCCAUCCCCCGUAUCCUCUUUCGCCCUCCUCGCCGUCGCCUCUCCCCCUUCCAGCCGUCGCCUCUCCUCCUCCCCGCCGUCGCCUCUCCUCCUUCCCGCCGUCGUCGCCUCCCCCUCCUCCCCGCCGUCGCCUCCCCUCCUUCCCGCCGUCGACUCUCCUCCCCCCGUCGUCGCCUCCCCCUCCUCCCCGCCGUCGCCUCCCCCUCCUCCCCGCCGUCGCCUCACCCUCCUCCCCGCCGUCGCCUCCCCCUCCUCCCCGCCGUCGCCUCCCCCUCCUCCCCGCCGUCGCCUCCCCCUCCUCCCCGCCGUCGCCUCCUCCUCCUCCCCGCCGUCGCCUCCCCCUCCUCCCCGCCGUCGCCUCACCCUCCUCCUUGCCGUCGCGUCACCCUCCUCCCCGCCGUCGCGUCACCCUCCUCCCCGCCGUCGCGUCACCCUCCUCCCCACCGUCGCCUCCUCCUCCUCCCCGCCGUCGCCUCCCCCUCCUCCCCGCCGUCGCCUCACCCUCCUCCCCGCCGUCGCGUCACCCUCCUCCCCGCCGUCGCCUCCGGCGACAGCUCUCUUCGUGAAGAAAGGGAGAGACGCGGAGCGCGAGGAAGAGCGAGUGCACGGGAGCGCACGCACAGGAGAGUGCGCGUGA